GGCCGACACCGAAGAAGAAAAUGCGGAAGAAGCAGUGAAGACGUCAUAGCUAGCAUGUGCUGCCCCUGUGCUGUCUAGAAACUUCUACCGGGGUACCGCCGAACGACAUUUCAACCAUUUGAGCCAUGUCUGUCAUUGCCCAAGAACACGUUCGAGGGGGGAGCGUCUUUAAAGACCUUAGCGCCGACGAUGAAGACUGGCAGCCUACCGAGAUCGAGAGCUUGUGCAUGAACUGCUAUCAGAACGGUAGGACACGUUUGCUCCUCACUAAAGUCCCCUUCUUCAAAGAAAUCAUCGUCAGCUCGUUCAGUUGCGAUGAGUGCAGCUGGUCCAACACGGAGAUACAGUCCGCGGGGCGCAUUCAGGAACAGGGCGUCUGCUACACUCUCAAAGUCACGAGUAAACACGAUUUGAACCGCGAGGUGGUCAAAAUGGACAGUGCCACUACCAGGAUACCGGAGCUGGAGUUUGAGAUCCCCCCGUUUACACAGAAAGGCGCCUUAUCGACCGUGGAGGGCCUCCUUGACCGAGCCGUGGCCGGACUGGAACAAGACCAAGCGGCCAGGCAAGAGGCUGACCCCGAGGUGGCCGGCAAAAUCCACGCGUUCCUCCAAAAGCUGAAGAAGUUAAAAGACGUGGAGGAGGCCUUCACUGUGGUGAUCGAAGAUCCGUCGGGCAACAGUUUUGUGGAGAACCCGUCCGCCCCGCUGAAGGACGAGGCCCUGACUGUGUCGUGGUUCCGGCGCAGCGUGCAGCAGGAGAAGCUGCUGGGUUUGCGGGCCGACGACGAGCCGGACGACGAACCGCUACCCGGCGACGACAUGGACACUAUGCGGAGCGAGGUGCUGGUCUUCAACACCAACUGCCCCGAGUGCAACGCGCCGGCCUCCACCAACAUGAAGCUGGUGCAGAUCCCUCACUUCAAGGAGGCCAUCAUCAUGGCCACCAACUGCGACGCCUGCGGCCACCGCACCAACGAGGUCAAGUCGGGCGGCGCCACCGAGGAGAAGGGCACCAAGAUCACCCUGCGCAUCACCGCCGCAUCCGACAUGACACGGGACCUGCUCAAGUCGGAGACCUGCUCCGUCUUCAUCCCCGAGCUGGACUUCGAGCUGGGCAUGGCGGCGCUAUGCGGCAAGUUCACCACCGUGGAGGGCCUUCUGACGGAUGUCAAGGACCUAGUGGUGGCCAAGAACCCCUUCGUGUGUGGCGACAGUGGCGACACGACCCGCGUGCAGAAGCUGAAGGAGUUUAGCGAGAAGAUUGACAGCAUCAUCGCCGGGCAGAUGAAAGCCCACCUGGUCCUGGACGACCCGGCCGGGAACAGCUACCUGGAGAACGUGUACGCGCCCGAAUCCGACCCGGAGAUGACGAUGGAGACGUACGAGCGCACGUUUGAGCAGAACGAAGAGCUCGGCCUGAACGACAUGAAGACGGAAGGCUACCAGGAGGACAAAUAAAGAAAAGCAGAAGUCCCUCCCCAAGAAACUCAAAUUAAGAUUUACCUCCUUUUUCACAUUCUCAUUUUAUCACCUCCCGUCCUUGAGUUGAGCGCUUCUUGACAACAUUUUAAUCAUGACAACUUAAGUUAUAUGGAAGCAUGGAAACCUGUUUGAGCAUUUAGUCGAUAUUUUACUCGUACGCUUAACUGCUUAUGUACUCGUACGCUCGUUACCUUGACUAGUAAGAUAAUUGAGCGUGCAAGUUGGACAACAAGGAUACACUACAUAGUUACGAGUGAGACAAAACAACGCCACUAUUUGACACCCACUUGCAACUAUUACGACUUCACUUGCAGAGGUCAACUAGUGCACAAUUUUGCCCCAUUUGCAACGGAGCUUUUUUCCUACUUGUGCACUUAAAAGAGCGUACGAGUGCAUGGAAAAUUCAAUGCAUUAGCGGGAUACUGAUUAAAUACUCCAUAACCAUAAUUGAGUGGAUCGGAAGAAAUACUUGGGACUUUUAGUUGUGGUAAAGUGACAUUUCACAAGAGGGCGCUCCGGGAGUUUGUCUCGUUUUAAAUUUGUCAGCAUAAUUUAUCAGAGCAGUAGUUAGAAUUAAAAACGGAACUGGGCUUAUUUUUUUGUUUUUUUUUCAACAACGCAAUUAUUGCUCACACUAUUGUUCGAUAUUUUAUUUGGACAAUGCCGGACUGGUGAUUUUUGGGGACCGUCAAUUUUUUUAUGUGAGGCAAUAUUUCACGUUAAAACGAGUGUUAUCAUAUGUUGAAAGGAAAAUAUGUUGACACAGAAGUUCAAAAGAGAUUUCGAAAUAAAGUUGUCUCAAACCG